GAAUUCAACGACGAACUUCGCGGGAAAUUGUCCGAUAUUUCGUCAGUUUUGAUAGCACUCUAACCAAAAUGCAUUGGGCACUCCAGUAUGCUAAUUUUAUAGAGGGAGUCGAGAAUUGAUUCUUAUUUUAUUUGCAGCAAGUAACUCUGUGGGAUUUGGCCUAAUGGAUGCUCAUGGCUUAGUUUCCUUAGCAGUUAACUGGACGACAGUGCCUCCGCAACUAAACUGCACAGUGUCUCGAAUUUCUGUGAAUAGGUUGAUUCCUUCGAAUGGAACUCUUAAGGUUACUGCCUCUUUGACUGACCUCAGUCAUGUAUGCAGAGGAAGCCAGAUAAACUUUUUGGAACAUGUGCAGGUUCGAGUAAGUCUAAACUACACUUUAAGAGGGUACCUGGAGAUGAGCCUCACCUCUCCACAGGGGUCAACUUCUCUUCUUCUUCAGAGUCGUACCAAAGAUAAUUCGCCAUAUGAAACGUACUUGACUAACUGGACCAUUUUGACUCUGCAUCAUUGGGGUGAAAACCCCUUGGGAACUUGGGAACUUGCGCUGAAGAAUUCACGGCCGGAUCAAGAAAGUGAAGGCAUCCUGUUUGACUGGAUUUUGAUGAUCUAUGGUACAACAACAGAUCCCCUUGACGGCCACUUACAUGUUCAAAUACCGACAGGACCAGUGCUCCCUCAUGAGACAAAAGGUAUUACUGUGCAACCUGAGGAUAAUCAAACAACAAAUUUAGGGUCUACAUUUGCACCUUCAUCGCAUAGCGCACUUGUACAUAAGAUGGGAUCGUCAGGGCUUGCUAUGAAAGCAUUUGCGUACCUAUUUAUAGGGUUUUCUCGUAUCAUCGUGAUGGCCAUAGUAACUUGGUGGAAAAAUAAACGCCCAACUCAGAUUGAGAAUGGAGCACAGAGAGGGUAAUUCCAUUAUAGCUGAGAACUUUAUGGCCCUGCACUGCUUCUACAAUGAAAAGUUUUGCUAAAAACGAUUUAGUUCGGGAAAAGAGACAUUUGUAAAUUUAAGUUUAGAGAACACUUUCAUGUAAAUGUAAUUGGUGUUCAUUCUGUUUGGUAGAAAGUAGUCUGACCUGUGCAAAGAUGAUAUGUAGUAUUUAACAUUGUAACUUGUUUUUCGUUCGGUAAUUGUCUCGCGGGUUAGCUUUUUCGACCAUAAGGUUACUACAGAAGAAGAUGGAUGGAGCUAUUUUACCACCACCUUUAAUUUAGAAUACUUUUCUUUUGGAUCACAACUGAUAUAUGCAUUGCAUGCGGUGAGAUAAGAAGGUUGAGGCUCAGCUUAUAGUUACCCUCGCUAAAUUGGUACAAAUUUCUUUAGUGUGAGCAUGGUUACGUUGUGUUGUUAAAAUUUUCCACCUACUCGGUCUUGCACAAGAAAUUUGCUGAGCCUUUGGAAUGUGCUAAUUGACUUCACUAUGGUAUUCUUUCCAUGCUUGCUCCUCGGGUUUUGCAUGUUAGUAAAAAAAAUUGCCGUGCGUCCAUCAGAAAAUUACUAAAUGUGAUGAAGUUAAAGCCCUUUAAAAUGAACUGUAAAACAAUUAUAGGUAAAACAGUUUAAGUGUAAUGUUUUAUGAAUUUCGCUUAUAAAGUAUAAAAAGUAUAUGGUAACCUACAUAAUUAAGGGCAUUCUUCAGAAAUGGAGUUGUAAAGGUAUGAUUAAAAGGGAAGUAAUAGUUGAGGUGAUAAUAAAUUUUUCAAUGAAGAGAAA